AUGAAUUCAGACUCCAGCCCAAGCAGCAGAGCCUCAUCCCCGGACAUGGACGGCAUGUUUCUCCGUGACCACCACCCGCAUCACCAUCACCAUCAUCACCACAUUGGCUCCUCCGUGUCCUCCUCCACGCAGAGCGGCGAGCAGCAGCGCCAGAAGAUGAGCGGGGGCGAGCACCUGCGCUCAGGAGAAGCAAAGUCCGCGUCGGUGGGAAGCAGCAGCAGUAGCAGCAGCAGCAGCAGCAGCAGCAACAAGUAUAAACUGAAGAAGCAAGUCACCGAGGAGGAAAUGUACCAGCUCCGUCUCAAGAUUAACGGCCGGGAGAGGAAGCGCAUGCACGACCUCAACCUGGCCAUGGACGGCCUACGCGAGGUGAUGCCCUACGCGCACGGGCCCUCAGUGAGGAAGUUGUCCAAGAUCGCCACGCUGCUUCUGGCCAGGAACUACAUCCUGAUGCUCACCAGCUCCCUGGACGAGAUGAAGCGGCUGGUAGGGGAGAUAUACGGAGGGCAGCACUCAGCCUUCCACUGCGGCCCCGGCGGACACUCCGGAGGUCCCGCCGCUGCCGCCGCUGCAGCAGCAGCUGCCGCUCACCAGGUGCACCCUCUUCUCGGGAGCGCGCUGUCUUCUUCCACGUCCUCCACUCUGUCCAGCGCGCUGCCGGGGCUCACGUCCAUCAGAGCACCCCAUUCCCUGAUGAAGGGGGCUCCAACUGCGCCCUCGGCCCUGCAGCUGGGCUCCGGUUUCCAACACUGGGCUGGGCUGCCGUGUCCCUGCACCAUCUGCCAGGUGCCUCCGCCUCCUCCACACAUCCCCAUCACCUCUACCGGCCUCACGAGACUCUCAGGGGAGGGGAAAGACGGGAUGAAAUGAUGCCCGUGUGUCUGAUGAGCAGCAGAGACUGAGAGAUGUAAUGAUGUUUGUAAAUAGAUAAUUCAGGGCAUGAGGGGGGAUUUGGCCUCACUGGUGCAUGUUGUUGUUUAGUCUGUUUUCUUGUUUGGCGUAUAACAGAAAAGCCUUUUUCCUCCUUGUAACAAGGACUUAGACUAUAUAU